AUGCUGGUAAAUAAUUAUAUUAUUUUUAGUUCUUGAGUUUAAAUGUUCAGUAUGUAUUUAGAGUAGCAAAAUUUAAAAGAAUUAUAUAAAAAAUAAUUAAAUAGACUCAUGAAGAAGAAUAUUAGAGAAUGAUAAGGAUGAAGAAAAGUAAUAACAUGAGUUUGAGGAAGGAAAUUAAAUAGGGUAUUAUUAUGAAUUGGAAUAUGAUAAUGAUACAAACAGAAAGAUUUGAUGAAAUAAAACAAAUUAUGAGUAUAAGAACUUUGUUUAGGAAGACAAAAAUGAAGGAUAUAUAAGAGUAAGUAUGGACCAAAAAACUCAUGAGAAAAUUCAAGAAUUAUCAUAAAACUAAAGAGUUCAUUAGGAGGAGAAUAAACUAAACCAAAAUUUUGAACACCAAAUGGAACACUUAACCAAAGGAGAACAAAUUUUAAUUUUUUAGAUUCAAAGUAAAUCAAGAUCUAAUUGUAGGUAAAUAAUAAAUUUACUAAAUUUAAUGA